AUGACGCGCUUCACGCCAAACAGAGUAAAGGUCACGCCGCCUGAGUCGACUCCAUUCACCACCGCAUCCAGUUCUACCGAGCAGAGCUUACAAUACUGUGCGCUCAGGAGGCUGGAACCGCUAGUUGCAUCGAGUAUCACAUUUCGGAGCGACCAAUACAGUAUCAAGUCACGGGAUGCAAGCCCCACUUCAUUGCUCACUCUUCAAUUCGCGAGCAACAAAUCAACCACCUUCUCUACUCGACAACUCGACAUGAAAAGUCUCGCCGCAUUCACAACCUUCCUCGCUCUGAGCCUUUUCGUCUCCACGAAUGAAGUUCAAGCGACACCUGCGCUUCGUGGCUUACGAUCCAACGCUGAUGAUUCCCAAGCAACCGAAGACGACGAAAGCAGGAAGGAUCACCACCAUCACGUCAAAGUCGUCAAGAAAGUCAAGAAGAUCGCCAUUCCGGUACCUGUUGCUGUUGAGGUUCCGCAGUUCAUUCCAGUUCCCAUCAGCGCUCCAUCCGCUGUGAUUGCGAGCUCCAACAAUGCUGUCGUAAGCUCGAACAACAACGCUGUUGCAGCUCCUGGUCCCGGAGCUGUUGGCCCGGGUGCUCCUGGCGCACCGGGGCCUGGCGCCCCUGGACCUGCGACUCCAGCCCCGACGACUCCGAGUGGGCAGCCAGCUCCAACCCCUGCGGCCACGUCAAAUGGUAGGUCAAGAGCCACACCAGCACCAACAAAUGGAGGAGUUUCUGGCAAUCAACUACCAGCAGCACCGACCAAUGGAGGAGCUUCUGGCGAUCAAGUGCCAGCAGCACCGGUCACUGCGCCUCAAGGUGAUGGCGCAGGCAUGAGCGGAGUUCCACCCUCGUCAGGCUUCGGUAACGGCAACGCGUUCGGAGCCGGGCUUGGUGCUACAAGCGCCGGCAGAGGAAUCCCCGCAAACGGUGGUGCCUUUGGUGGUGCGAUUGGCAAUAACCCCGGGUUUGCCGGAAACGGGAUGAGCGGAUUCGGCGGUGUGAAUCGGAUGGGAGCUCCUGGUGGUGGCAUGUUCGGUGGUCCCGUCGCCGGCAUGGGCGGAGGCAUGAAUGCAAACGGUGGAGGUGGCUUCGGUCAGCCGACAGGUUUCGGAAUGCAAGGUGGCAAUGCGUUCGGUGGCUUUGGUAGUCAAGGGGCAAUGGGUAGCUUCGGCCAGGCCGGCAACAGCGGGUUUGCAGGCGCCGCAGGAGGUGGAGGCUGCACCCGGUGGCGGUAA